GCUCAGAGGCUGUGUGUUGUGUGGUUUGUGCGGCGCCCUGCGGAGAGGACUUGUGGAGGCGAGCGGGCACUCACACUCACUCUCCCUCCCUCCCACACUCACUCCCACACUCCCUCGCCCACACACUCACAGGAGCGUUGGUGUGUAUCUGCCUUGCUCUUAAUCCCGGCUUUUCCGCCUGUUUCCCUGCUCGCUCGCUCGCUCUCUCUGCCUUCCGCUGUCCUUGAAAGCCACCCAGGUGGAAAGAGAAGAGAGAAGGAAAGAAAGAAGAAGAGAGAAAGAGGCAGAAAGAGAGAAAGAGAGAGAGAGAGGAGCAGCAGAGCCCCCCUCCUUCCCCGUCCUUCCUUCCUUCUUCCUUCCUUCUCUCCUUUCCUGCCCUCCCAGGUGAGGAGAUGCGGACGGGGGUCUCUCCGGAUGCCACAGCCAGCCCCUCUUCUUCCUCCUCCUCCUCCUCCUCUCCUCCUCUUCCUCCUCCUCCUUCUUCCUCCUCUCCUCCUCCUCUUCCUCCUCCCUCCCGCAGCUGAUGGCGAGGAGGCGACGCGGCGGCCAAGAGAAGCAGCAGCAGGAGCAGCAGGAGAAGGAGCAGCGCCGCGAAGGGCUCUGAAGGGACCUGCCUCGCCGGGAACCCCCUCCACGCCCGCCGCCGCCACCCACGGUCGGAGGCGCCUUCGGAUGCGGGGAGAGCCCUCGAGCCCGGAGCGAUGGGAGAGUGGACCAUUUUGGAAAGGCUGCUGGAGGCUGCGGUGCAACAGCAUUCGACGAUGAUAGGGAGGAUCCUGCUGACGGUGGUGGUGAUCUUCCGCAUCCUGAUCGUGGCCAUCGUGGGUGAGACGGUUUAUGAGGACGAGCAGACCAUGUUCAUGUGUAACACGCUGCAGCCCGGCUGCAACCAGGCCUGCUACGACAAGGCCUUCCCCAUCUCGCACAUCCGCUACUGGGUCUUCCAGAUCAUCCUGGUGUGCACCCCCAGCCUCUGCUUCAUCACCUACUCGGUACACCAGUCGGCCAAGCAGCGGGACCGGCGCUACUCCUUCCUCUACCCGCUGCUGGAAAAGGACUGUGCCCGCGACGGUGGCAAGAAGGUCAAGAACGUCAACGGCAUCUUGGUGCAGAAUCCGGAUGGCUUGUCCAAGGAGGAGCCCGACUGCCUGGAGGUGAAGGAAAUCCCCAGCACCCCCCUGCGGCCGCCCAAGAGCUCCAAGGUCAAGCGCCAAGAGGGCAUCUCCCGCUUCUACAUCAUCCAGGUGGUUUUCCGCAAUGCCUUGGAGAUUGGCUUCCUCGCCGGACAGUACUUCCUGUACGGGUUCAACGUGCCGGCCAUCUUCGAAUGCGACCGCUACCCAUGCGUAAAGGAGGUGGAGUGCUACGUCUCCCGCCCCACCGAGAAGACCGUCUUCUUGGUCUUCAUGUUUGCCGUGAGCGGGAUCUGUGUGCUGCUCAACCUGGCCGAGCUCAACCACCUCGGCUGGCGCAAGAUCAAGACGGCCAUCCGGGGGGUGCAGGCCAGGCGGAAAUCCAUCUGCGAGGUGCGCAAGAAGGACCUCUCCUCGUUGGCCCAAGUGCCUACGCUUGGACGGACGCAGUCCAGUGAGUCUGCCUAUGUGUGAGUCUGUCCCGAUCCCGUCGGGGGGGGGGGAACCGCGGCCUCGGUUUCCCUUGUGCAAAAAAACAAAAACCAUUGAGUAACCUACAGAACUGACCACAAUACCUCCCACGUUAACGAUGCAAUAUCCAGCGGGUGCUUUCCACAGCCCCUUCCCUCAAAUUUUCAAGGGGAAGGGGCUUCACAUUCGCUUUAAGGGCUGAUCAGAGAAACCCAGCCCCUCGGGAGCCAGAGGAAGAGCAAGGGGAAAAGAAGGGCCUGUUCCCCGUCCUCCUCUUGCGGUCUGGCUUCCGUUUCAUACUUUACCUACUUAGAACUACUUAUUAUUAUGGUGCAAGCAAAACAGUGAGGUUCGUGGAAACUUGUGCCUAUGACUCCUUUUUACGGACCAGGUGAUGCAAAUGCAUGAAGCAGCAAGGUGGCUUUUUGUGGGGACGGGGGGGGGGGGGGGCAUUUUCGCUUGGUGGGAUGUAUAAUUUUUUUCCGCCUUUGGAGGGGAAAAAAAAAAAGCCGACGGUGGGGAGAUGAAACUUGCACGACUGGCGUUCGCUGUGCUGCUGCCAUGUAAAUAUAUUAACAAGCGUGACUUUUUUUUAAGAAAAAGGAAAACCAAAAACCAGUAAUUUAUGCAAUAAAAAAGGAAUGUUUUGUUCA